AUGACCGGCUCCUGCUGUGGCUCCACCUGCUCCAGCUGUGGGGGAGGCUGCUGCCAGCCCUGCUGCUGCCAGCCCUGCUGCUGCCAGCCCUGCUGCUGCCGAGACCCCUGCUGCUGCCGCCCCUGCUGCUGCCAGACCACCGUGUGCCGCCCCGUGACCUGUGUGACCCGCUGCACACGCCCCAUCUGCGAGCCCUGCCGCCGCCCCAUCUGCUGUGACCCCUGUGGCCUGCAGGAGGGCUGCUGCCGUCCCAUCGCCUGCUGCCCCACAUCCUGCACAGCCAUUGUCUGCCGCCCCUGCUGCUGGGCCUCCACCUGCUGCCAGCCCAUCUGUGUGCAGGCGCCCUGCUGCCGGCCCCCCUGCUGCCAGCCUGCCCCCUGCCGCACCACCUGCAGGACCUGCCCCUCCUGCUGCUGA